AUGGAGGGCCAUAUGCUGACUGCAGCACGGCCCUAUCUGCAGCUGCUCGCGCUGUUGUCGCUGACGCCGCCGCCCAGCUUCUAUGGGAGGGCUCUGGGGGGCUGCGAGAGGCGGCUCUGGAUGCUCGGCUUCGGCUGCUACUGUUUCUGCAUUCUGCUGCUGGGCAUCGAUGUGACCUAUGUAAACAUCAGAAUACUCAACUUUGAAAUUCUAAUGUUGGAGGUCGAGGACUUCACAAGCGCCCAGGGCAAGGUGCAAAAGCUCUGCUACCCGCUGCUCUUGAUCGUCAUUCAUUUCAAUAUGCUGAUAAACUUUCGCAAACUGGGCAGCAUUUACACGGAGAUAGCAGCACUGGAGAGGGACAUCGAUGCCGCCUCGCAAUUCUUUGGUGGGCUGGGAAAACGCCUCAAGUUUCGCCAACGUUUGGCUAAGCUGAUUGGAUUGUGGCUUCUGUGUCUAUCGAUUGGAUUUCCAUUGGUUUCGGUGCCCUCGCUGACCGAAUUUAUGGACUGGUACAACAAGAUUUUCACCGAAUUCAUCCUAGUCAUGUUUCAAAUGAAGGUCGUGGAGUACGGCUUGUUCGUGCUCUUCGUGGAGGAGCUGCUGCUGCGUCUGCGCCACACGCUCAUCCACCUGCAGCAGGAGUUGACCAACUGCGAGCACCACGCUCUGCUCCAGGCCUUGUGUGUGGCCCUCCAGCGCAAUAAACAGCUGGUGUCCCGAGUCUGGAAACUGGUCGACGAUCUGGAGGUAUACUACACUUUACCGAUGAUCUUCUUGUUCAUUAACAACGGCGUGGCCAUGCUGCACAUCGUCAAUUGGGCCUACAUACAGACUCUGAACCCAAACGAUUGUACCAAUUGUCGCUUUA